CACACAGUAAUUUCUGGUAUGGCGAUUGGGCGGCUGCAGAGACCAAGACUCAGUUCCCCUGCCCUAGUCUGAGCCUAGUGGGUGGGACUCAGCGCAGAGUCAGUUUUCCAGAAGCAGGUUUCGGUGCAGAGUUUUCCUACACUUUUUCUGCGCUAGAGCAGCGAGCAGCCUGGAACAGACCCAGGCGGAGGACACCUGUGGGGGAGGGAGCGCCUGGAGGAGCUUAGGGACCCCAGCCCUGCGUGAUCUCACCAUGUGCGGAUUUCCGAGGCGCGCCCUGGAGCUGCUAGAGAUCCGGAAGCACAGCCCCGAGGUGUGCGAAGCCACCAAACAUCCCAGUUACCAGUGUCCUUGAAUUGAUAGUGGCUUCUGUUUGUCAGUCUCAUAUAAGAACUACAGCUCAUCAGGAGGAGAUCGCAGCAGGGUAAGAGACACCAACACCAUGUUCUGCACGAAGCUCAAGGAUCUCAAGAUCACAGGAGAGUGUCCUUUCUCCUUACUGGCACCAGGUCAAGUUCCUAACGAGUCUGCAGAGGAGGCAGCAGGAAGCUCAGAGAGCUGCAAAGCAACCGUGCCCAUCUGUCAAGACAUUCCUGAGAAGAACAUACAAGAAAGUCUUCCUCAAAGAAAAACCAGUCGGAGCCGAGUCUAUCUUCACACUUUGGCAGAGAGUAUUUGCAAACUGAUUUUCCCAGAGUUUGAACGGCUGAACCUUGCGUUUCAGAGAACAUUGGCAAAGCACAAAAUAAAAGAAAGCAGGAAAUCUUUGGAAAGAGAAGACUUUGAAAAAAUAAUUGCAGAGCAAGCAGUUGCAGCAGGAGUUCCAGUGGAGGUUAUCAAAGAAUCUCUUGGUGAAGAACUUUUUAAAAUAUGUUACGAGGAAGAUGAAAACAUCCUUGGGGUGGUUGGAGGCACCCUUAAAGAUUUUUUAAACAGCUUCAGUACCCUUCUGAAACAGAGCAGCCAUUGCCAAGAAGCAGGAAAAAGGGGCAGGAUUGAGGACGCCUCCAUUCUAUGCCUGGAUAAGGAGGAUGAUUUUCUACAUGUUUACUACUUCUUCCCUAAGAGAACCACCUCCUUGAUUCUUCCCGGCAUCAUAAAGGCAGCUGCUCGCGUAUUAUAUGAAACAGAAGUGGAAGUGUCGUUAAUGCCUCCCUGCUUCCAUAAUGAUUGCAGCGAGUUUGUGAAUCAGCCCUAUUUGUUGUACUCCGUUCACGUGAAAAGCACCAAGCCAUCCCUGUCCCCCAGCAAACCCCAGUCCUCGCUGGUGAUUCCCACAUCGCUCUUCUGCAAGACAUUUCCAUUCCAUUUCAUGUUUGGCAAAGAUAUGACAAUUCUGCAAUUUGGCAAUGGCAUCAGAAGGCUGAUGAACAGGAGAGACUUUCAAGGAAAGCCUAAUUUUGAAGAAUACUUUGAAAUUCUGACUCCAAAAAUCAACCAGACAUUUAGCGGGAUCAUGACUAUGUUGAAUAUGCAGUUUGUUGUACGAGUGAGGAGAUGGGACAAUUCUGUGAAGAAAUCUUCGAGGGUUAUGGACCUCAAAGGCCAAAUGAUCUACAUUGUUGAAUCCAGUGCAAUCUUGUUUUUGGGGUCACCCUGUGUGGACAGAUUAGAAGAUUUUACAGGACGAGGGCUCUACCUCUCAGACAUCCCAAUUCACAAUGCACUGAGGGAUGUGGUCUUAAUAGGGGAACAAGCCCGAGCUCAAGAUGGCCUGAAGAAGAGGCUGGGGAAGCUGAAGGCCACCCUUGAGCAAGCCCACCAAGCCCUGGAGGAGGAGAAGAAAAAGACAGUAGAUCUUCUGUGCUCCAUAUUUCCCUGUGAGGUUGCUCAGCAGCUGUGGCAAGGGCAAGUUGUGCAAGCCAAGAAGUUCAGUAAUGUCACCAUGCUCUUCUCAGACAUCGUUGGGUUCACUGCCAUCUGCUCCCAGUGCUCACCGCUGCAGGUCAUCACCAUGCUCAAUGCACUCUACACUCGCUUCGACCAGCAGUGUGGAGAGCUGGAUGUCUACAAGGUGGAGACCAUUGGCGAUGCCUAUUGUGUAGCUGGGGGAUUACACAAAGAGAGUGAUACUCAUGCUGUUCAGAUAGCGCUGAUGGCCCUGAAGAUGAUGGAGCUCUCUGAUGAAGUUAUGUCUCCCCAUGGAGAACCUAUCAAGAUGCGAAUUGGACUGCAUUCUGGAUCAGUUUUUGCUGGCGUUGUUGGAGUUAAAAUGCCCCGUUACUGUCUUUUUGGAAACAAUGUCACUCUGGCUAACAAAUUUGAGUCCUGCAGUGUACCACGAAAAAUCAACGUCAGCCCAACAACUUACAGAUUACUCAAAGACUGUCCUGGUUUUGUGUUUACCCCUCGAUCAAGGGAGGAACUUCCCCCAAACUUCCCCAGUGAAAUCCCCGGAAUCUGCCAUUUUCUGGAUGCUUACCAACAAGGAACAAACUCAAAACCAUGCUUCCAAAAGAAAGAUGUGGAAGAUGGCAACGCCAAUUUUUUAGGCAAAGCAUCGGGAAUAGAUUAGCAACCUAUAUACCUAUUUAUAAGUCUUUGGGGUUUGACUCAUUGAAGAUGUGUAGAGCCUCUGAAAGCACUUUAGGGAUUGUAGAUGGCUAACGAGCAGUAUUAAAAUUUCAGGAGCCAAGUCACAAUCUACUCUUUCUCCUGUUUAACAUGACAAAAUGUACUCACUUCAGUACUUCAGCUUUUCUGGAAAAAAAAAAAAAAAACACCUUAAAAAACUACUUUUGGGGGAGUAUUUCUAUUAUAUAACCAGCACUUACUACCUGUACUCAAAAUUCAGCACCUUGUACAUGUAUCAGAUAAUUGUAGUCAAUUGUACAAACUGAUGGAGUCACCUGCAAUCUCAUAUCCUGGUGGAAUGCCAUGGUUAUUAAAGUGUGUUUGUGAUAGUGUUGUCUAAAAAAAAGUUUUUGAAUAGAAAUUACAUUCUUUGUCACCCUCAGUUCUUUCAAACUUUCAAUUCUGCAUUUUAUUGCAUUUUCUCAUUGAACUGUUGGUAUAUGUUUGAAUAUAGGCUGACUUUUUUUCUCUAUUGCACUUUCUUCUUUUUUUCUUCUUAGAAAAUAAGCAGUUAGGGGUUAGAUGCAAUAUGAAUAUAAAAUAGUUCUGUAAAUUUCAAAUAUUAUUUUUAGUUCUGGAAGUUAAAAAUACUCCUCAUAGUAAUGUGUGUUUUAAUAAUACAUAUUUCUUUUGUUUGACUUUUUUUUUAAUUCUACAAUGGUAAAAGCUAUUUUAAUCCAUAUUAGCACUUUAAUUCCUAUUAAUUCAUUUUACUAUCAUAAUAGCAAAGUAUUCAGAAUAAAAGAGGUUUAUAUCUUCUGUUAAAAUGCAGUAAUACUAUUCAAAUCUAAUUUAGCUGGAAGCAACAUGGGAGUAAAGUAAUCAUCCAGGGGACCCACCAUAAAGGACAUUGGUAAAACAUUUACACACGUACACACACGUGCAGGCACACUUGGAACAAUAUAGACCUACUUCAGCAGACAUCUUCUGUUGCCAUGCUGAGCCAUUUAAAGUUUUAAGAAGAAAAUCUAAGUACGGAAGUAGAAAAUAAGACUUGUUCUUUUGGUGGAUAUCUCAUUUUUCUUGAGUAUUUGUGCUGAACAUUUUGGUGUAUGUCUAUGAACUAAGAAUCAAGUUUUUUGUCUCAUUAAAUGUACAUAUAUGAAGUGUUUUUAUUCUACUUGAAAUAUCUUGAUAAAAAAACUGUUAGUAUUGAUGAAGCAAAUGAGGCAGUGACCACAUUAUGGAAAUGUCUAAGUAUUUUUUCUGGAGCUUCAACUUUUUUCUUUUUGUUUUACAUAAACCUUUAAGCAGCUAGGAACUUUUAUUUUUAAUUAGGUCAGUUGAAGUUCUCUGGUGAACUAAAAAAUCUACAUUUUGGUUGGGGAUAACGAUUUGAUUUUAAAAACAGCUCGAAUUUAAAGCAAGAAAAAGAUGAAUGUUAUAGUUUUAAAAUCAAUAUUAGCAGAGCCAUAGAUAGGCUGAACUCUUAUUUGGGGUUCUGAGAAAUAACGGAGUUUAAAAGUUCUUUAACUCCCUCUAUUAGUGCCCAGGUUAGCCCAUGGUGACAUCAGGAAUAUUCAUUACUGAUUGGCCUCUAGUAUUCCAAGGGUACUACUAUAGAUAUUACAAUGAUGCUGUUUACUAAGUGAUAACCCAGUAUCUUACAGGACUGACUUUGACUCAAUAAACACUCACCCUAUUAUUGGAAAGUGCCAUAGGCCUUGAGAAAGUAUAGUUACAUCCUCACAAAUAUAUGAAGUUAAGUCACUACUUACAAGGAAAAUAAAAAUGUAAAUACAUUUUUCUUUCUGGAACUGAACUCUUAUUAUGGGGAAAUAAUAGAAAUAAAGAAAAUGUAAAAGCAUGAAAUGGAAUGUAGUCUUGAUCAAACAUUUCAGUAGACCUCAAUUUGCUUGCCAUCUGUACUCAAAAAGUUUAAAAUUCAAUCAGAAUUCAAAAAGUAUUUUGUGUGUUUGUGGUGUAUUAGCAUAUACACAAAACAAAUGAGGGGAAUGUAUAUAAUCUUGGUGAAAAGUUGUAUGGGAGUUUUUUGUAUGAUUCCUGCAACUUUUCUAUAAAUUUGGCAUUAUAUCUAAAUAAAAAAUUACCAAAAAA